AUGUACAAGUCACUCGUUACACUCGCACUACUGGCUCCCGCGACCACCUUCGCGGCGACAAUCAAACAACGCACUGAUGAUCCCAGCAGCUCGAACCUUACCCCAUCCUCUCAUCCUCCAGCUGGGUGGAGCUACGUUGGCUGCUUUGCUGACAGUCCGUCCAAUCGUGUUCUUUCGUCGGCCUUCCUCCAGGAUGACGCCGCUUUGACUGGACUGGAAUGCAUGAACUUCUGCGGCUCCAAUGGCUACCCAUACGCCGGAACCGAGUACUCGACGGAGUGCUACUGUGGCCUCGAUCAGCCGACCGUCACUUCCGACUCUUGCAAUAUGCCUUGUCCGGGUGACUCAACCGAAGUCUGUGGAGGUCCGGGAGGCAUCACGGUCUACACCAAUCCGGCACUCACCCCUCACGUCUACCCUGGCGACGACUGCUGGUCGUCGAUUGGCUGCUACACUGACUCCGUCAGCGCUCGCUCCCUCGAACGACGGACUACAACUACAACCAAGAGCAGUAGCACAACCACGACCACCACCAAACCAUCCAGCACUACCUCUACCACAACCAAAGCCACCAGCACAAACAAAACUACUACAAAGUGCACAACGCCAGUCCGUACAUCGUCAACCACGACUACCAAACCCGUAAGUCCCACAACAAAGUCGACGACGACUACAACGACAACAAAGCCAACGACUACCACAACAACGUCCAAGACAUCGACCAAGAGCACGACGACGUCCACUAAAUGCACGACUACACCCGUGUCUCCCACAACCAAGACCACGACCACGACAACCAAGACGACGACCACCACUAAGAAACCCACAACCACAACCACAACCCGCCGCGACUGGCGCGAUCAGCCGGAGCCAUCUCCUACCCCUCAAGGUCCUUCGCCGCCAUCUCCAAAUGGACCGUCACCAAACGGUCCGUCACCUGAUGGCCCAUCACCGAACGGGCCAGGCCCUAAUGGCCCCUCUCCCAAUGGCCCCUCUCCCAAUGGCCCCUCUCCCAACGGACCAAGUCCGAACGGCCCGUCACCUAACGGGCCAUCCCCGAAUGGUCCAGGACCCGACAAAGGCAACGGAGGAGGCGGCGGCGGAGGAGGCCAAGACAACGGCGGCUGGGGCGAUCAUUAG